UGGUCAAGAUAAGACUUGCUUGGUGGGUUUCUGAUUUCAGACUCCAUCAAAGACCGAAACAUCACCGGAAGGCUUUGCUUCAUCCACAGCAAAAGAGCGCAAAGUGUUGGAAAAUGCUGAACUUCGCUCGGAGAAAUUUCGCGGAAAGCGUUUCGAAGAUGAAUAUAUGUACCACAGUUCAAGAUGACGACCCAGAAGAUUUUCUUCAAUUUUCAUCCUACUAUGAUUCGCGAAUAUGCUUGGAGGUACCAGUCUUCAUAUUGGCAAUCGUGCCGCAGAGCGUAGUGCCGUAAUUGAUGUCCAAUCCCAAGCCGCGAGAAACCAUAUGAUACCAUCGAACGAACCGUACGGAGAAGAUCUUAUCAACCUCCCUUCGCGAACGCUUUCGCAAAAUGCUCGACUCGACGAAUAUACCAAGGAGACAGUCGAUGGCGUAAUGACCGACGUGCGGUCCAACAAGGCUGGAGACAUCGAGACGUGGGAGCUAGUGACUUGGAAGAUAGAGGAUCCAGAGAACCCGAAGACGUGGUCAAAAGCAAGGAAGUGGUACAUUACCAUGGUGAUCGCUCUGACUUGCUUUGUUGUUGCUUUCAACAGUGCGGUGGUUACAGCAGAUAUAGCUGGAGUCUCGGAAACCUUCACUGUCUCCGAAGAGGUCGCUCUUCUCACUAUCACGCUGUUCGUAGUCGGUUUUGGUGUGGGUCCAAUGGUAUUUGCGCCAUUCUCUGAGAUCUUUGGAAGGAAACCAGUAUAUGUGGUUACGCUUUUGAUCGCUGUCGUCUUCAUCAUUCCCGGAGCUGUUGCACCAAAUAUUGAGACGUUGCUAGUCGCACGAGCCAUCGAUGGUAUCGCAUUCAGUGCUCCCAUGACCCUUGUUGGGGGAAGUCUCGCCGACAUCUGGAAAACCGAAGAACGUGGUGUGCCAAUGGCUGCUUUCAGCGCAGCACCUUUCAUUGGACCUGCCAUAGGUCCUUUAGUUGGAGGUUACCUUUCAGAUGCAAAGGGUUGGCGAUGGCUUUACUGGAUCCAGCUCAUCCUCUCCGGGGUAGUCUGGUGUUUGAUAACAUUCACUGUCCCCGAGACUUAUGCCCCAGCACUGCUCAAGAAGCGAGCAGCAAAACUUCGAAAAGAGACCGGCGACGAGAAGCAUGUGACGGAGCAAGAUAUCGAUAAGCGGCCAAUUGGUGCUCGUUUGAAGAUUUUCUUACUGCGGCCAUUCCAACUCUUAUUUCAGGAGCUCAUUGUGUUCCUUAUUUCCCUAUACAUGUCGGUUUUGUACGGCCUGUUGUACAUGUUCUUCAUCGCAUACCCGAUCAUAUACCAGCAGCAUAAAGGUUACACCGCUGGCAAGACAGGAUUAAUGUUCAUUCCUCUUGCAGUCGGUGUGGUUGUCAGUGCCGCUUGUGCGCCGUUUGUGAACAAAAAUUAUCUCAAAGUGGCAGCCAAAUACAAUGGACGUCCGCCUGCAGAAGUGCGCCUCAUCCCAAUGAUGUUCUCAUGCUGGUUCAUUCCGGUUGGCAUGUUCAUCUUCGCGUGGUCUUCAUAUCCGCAAUUUUCAUGGGCAGGUCCAGCCAUGGGUGGUUUCUCGGUGGGCUUCGGCUUCAUAUUCCUCUAUAAUUCAGCAAACAACUACCUUGUCGAUUCCUACCAACAUCAGGCGGCGUCUGCACUAGCCGCCAAAACUUGCAUACGUAGUUUCUGGGGCGCAGCAGUAGUGCUGUUCACAAUCCAGAUGUACGAUCGCAUGGGUGAUCAGUGGGCCAGUUCUCUUCUAGCGUUUAUAGCUCUGGCAUGUUGUGCGAUCCCGUUUAUCUUCUACUACAAAGGAGCUGCGAUUCGCAAACAUUCAAAGUAUGCUUACAGUGGUGACGAUGAGGAGAGUUUCGAGUCUGCCAAUAAAGAGGUUGAUAGUUCUGGCUCCUCGCAGUUUUAACAGGAGAAGCAGGACGUUUAAAUGGGCUUCCCUUUGCAAUCGCGCCGACAAGCGACGUUUCUGGAGCUUUUAUAUCAAGGCAGUAUGCCUUCUUGUUCUUUGUAAUUGAUGUUCCGCGCCGU